AUGUCUUCGUCCGCCAAUAACCACCUUCGUGCCCGACGCGGCUCCCUAGCCUCAAUUUCCACCGCCUCCCAGAUUGACAAAGAGCAACUCGCACAGGCCCUCGAUCAGAUCCACACCUCGGCAAGCCAGUCCGAUGUCUUGACAACAUUCAACGAUUUCGCCGCCCCGCCAAGUUCCUCCCCGACCUCCGAGAGGAAAGGAGGCGCUGGGGAUCUUGUGCAGCAGGGUCUCAGCGGGCUGUACAGUAGAUUGAAGGAGGCAGUCGGCGUUAAGUCCCCGGAGCUGUCGUUGGAGGAUGUUAGUAACGUGGAUACUGCUUCCAAAAACACAAGCGGCAGUGCCUCUGGGUCUCUGGCCAUCAAGAGCCCUGCCACCUCACUGCCUCGUACUAGCAGUACUGCAACAGCCUCUACUCUGUUAUCAGCUUUUCCGGAUGGCGCCCAGAACCCGCCGACCUCUCCCCACGUCGGCACUUCAGUAGACGGUAACGCUCAUGAUCAGCGAUCCUCUAAAGCCUCAUCUGUUGCAACUGCGGCAGCGCCAAAGUCAACUUCGUCAAGCAUGCAAAACCUGCCUAGAAUGUCCAAGACGGUAGCUUCCUCAGCCGUGGUUAACCCAUCGUUGGCGCCCAUAACAGUAUCCGCCUUUAGAGACAAGGAUGCUGCUCGCGGCGUGACGACCAGAGUGGAAGACGCCCCGCAGCAUAUCAGAGUCGGAAGCUCUAGCAAAACUUCGGAAGCUCAAAACACAGUUCUUUCGGGCACUAUAAAUUCUUUGGAAAGCUCUGAUGUCAAGUACGCCCUCCCAGGCUCUUCUCGCAGAGACGAAAGCUUGGGCCCGGACGAAAGCUCCGACUCUCGGAUGAGCCCGGUCAGGGGCUCGGCAGCGUCUGUUUCCACCCAGCAUAGUGCUGACAGGAGAAGUUUGCGAGCACCAUCCAUAGAGGCAAGGGCAUCCUCCAGAGAGAGUUUGCGGAGGCCUGCCGUCAUAGACAGAAUCAGCCAGGCGCGGAUCAUUGGGGUCAACAGGGCGCGGGCAGAAUCUCUAGAGCCGGGGAUGACAAAGCCUAGCACAAUAAGCACGUCUGCCCAUAACUCGGUGUAUCACGACUCAUUUGCACGGCACGAGCAACCCCAACAGUUACCCUCGGGGAAACUGCGGAUCCCAGGAACUACCACGAACGAAGGUGCCCCACAGACAGUGAACGCCAGGCUUGAAUCGAUGCGGAAACAAGUAGUGAGCAAGGAGUUCUGGAUGGCGGAUGAAACGUGCAAAGAGUGUUUCCUCUGCGGGAACCCAUUCUCGGCCUUUCGUCGAAAGCACCACUGUCGAACAUGUGGUUGUAUCUUCGACUCGAAGUGCACCUCUACGAUUUCCGGUGCCAAAUUUGGUGUCUCUGGGAGCCUGCGUGUGUGCAAAACCUGCCUAGAGAUUAUCAACCGCAGAUAUGAUUCCGGUUCUGAUGAUUCCGAUAAUGACUCAUAUUUGCCUACAAUCUUCCGCUCAGGCAAAGAUACACAGACUCCCAGACCUAGGGCAGACGAUGAGGUGAGUAUAAUGGAGCGGGCUGAGGAUGCGGAUGAUUCCAGAUCAGUCAAAACGCCCAUGAUGGCCAUCCCUGCCACAAGACGUAUCGGAGAUUCCAAGAUUCUCGAAAUAGAUGCUCCACAGCUAAGUCGUCCAAGUUCCUCGCGAUCCUUGAGAUCACUGGCGGGCAGGCCCAUCUCGUCUGGCCAUAGAAGAAACCAGUCCAAAUCAAACUUCCUAGGACGUUUCAAGGCCACCGCUGAAGAGCGAGCUCCUUUCAGAAGACCCAUUAACGAUGAGCUGGGGCGCAAGUCUACACUCCCUGCUUUUCACGACGACAACAUCAUUGAUCCUGAGCUUGAGCCUUAUAUGUCUGAGGAAUCGAGUGGGGAUGAACAAAUGAGCAUAUUUGCCACAAUGGCGAGCUCAGAUGUUGCGCCGGGCAGUCUGGACCCGGACAAGGCAAAUUUUGGACCAUUAUUAUCGACGGGGAAGCGGCAUCGUAUGCGCCAAGGUGAGAAAAGCAUUAGUGGCCUCAGCUUCACAAGCCGCGGGCCAGACGACGGUGCACCUAUCGUCAUGGGACUCUCUACGCGUCCAACAAGGAGGCGCAAUAUGAGCACAGCAAGUACCGGGCAGCCCCUACACGGCAUGCGCUCUCCUCGCCCGAGGUCCGGAGUGUUUGGCAGAGGGUUUGCCGCUUCGGGCGAGGCACUUGUGUCCCUGGAAAGUCCCAUUGAAGCAACCAAAUUGACGAGAAGUGACUCGAUUCGUAAUCAGAGAUCUGACGAGAACCAACUGAGUCCUUCCAGUUUGAAGCAUGUUACCAAACUACUUCGCCAGCUUCUACAGGACGAUCAAGUACCCAAUGCCGACGCCUGGGAGAAGGCUCUGCUUCCAAUUCUUACCCGUUGCGCCGACGAUGUAUCACCAGACAGUCGCAACCAGGACCACAUGGAUAUCCGCCAUUACGUCAAGCUGAAAAGGAUCCCCGGGGCCAAACCGGGGGACACUAGCUACGUAUCAGGGGUAAUAUUUUCCAAAAACUUAGCCUUGAAGAACAUGCCUAGGAGUAUUGUCAACCCACGCAUAGUCAUCAUUUCGUUUCCAAUCGAGUACCAGAGACAUCAACAACAUUUUAUGAGCCUACAGCCAGUGAUAGAACAGGAGAAGGAGUAUCUCCGCGUCGUCGUCAGCCGCAUCAUGACUCUUCGGCCCCAGGUACUCCUAGCCGAGCGGAGCGUGGCUGGUGUGGCUUUACAGUACCUCUCGGAGGCGAAUGUAGCCGUGGCAUACAACGUAAAGCCAUCAGUGAUUGGGGCUGUUUCCAGAUGCGCCAAGGCAAGCAUCAUCUCAUCGCUAGACAUGCUAGCUUUGCCGGUCCAUGUCGGCCAGGCUGCUGGGUUUGAGGUCAAGACUUUUGUCAACAAAGAAAUACCUGGCAAGAAAAAGACGUAUAUCUUCAUCUCUGGGUGCGAAAGAGAACUAGGCUGCACCAUAGCGCUGCGAGGAGCAAAAGCAGAUAUUCUCACUCGCAUGAAGCGCAUUACGGAAUUCAUGGUCUAUGUUGUGUACAAUUUGAAGCUGGAAUCUUGUCUCAUGCGAGAUGAGUUUAUCAAGCUACCCGAGACAGACGAACAGGCAUCACAAAAUUCCGAGUUGCAGGAUCAGCCGGAUGAAGCCCUGAAUUUGAACUGCUGUGAGCUGGCAGCAACCCAAACAAAGGAAGUCACAGCUUCCCAAGAUGUUCAAGCCGACGUGGAUCAGGGUAACGAGACAAGCCAAGGAUCAACCACUGGUGCACAACCUAGUGUAUUGCCUAACGGAGAUGAUCAAGCGCCCAAGGGUCAAGGUAGCGAAGCUGAACAAGCUCAGGCGCAGACCCCAAGGCUUAUUUCGUUGCAUGAACACCAUUCGCAUGUUGGGAACGACAGUCCCCUGCCCGAGGAUGUACCCAUGCCGACAUACUAUAGCGAAAUGAUCGCCAAGUAUGAAACCAAGAUCUUGUCAGCUUCGCCCUUUGUCAAGUUCCCUCAGCCUUACCUAUUGAUGAAAGCCCGUGAACAAGAGAGGCGUCUAAGCUAUCUCAAGCGACUAUGCGAUCAGGACAUGUUUGAAGAGCAGACAGAAGCUGAGAAAACAAAGCCAGCUCGAUUCCAGCUCAUCAAACCAGAAAUGGUUCACCAAUUUGGCCACAAGGCUCCCAGGCAAGUCAUGGAGGUUCUGCACGCUGUCCAUGACGCCGAGUAUGACAAAGCGCGGUACAUUUACGAGACGCAGACUCGGCACUGGGAAAACUACCUCCAGGGAAACAUUGAUCUCUUUGAUCCCUACUCACAUCAGAACAUUGUCGUGCUAUAUUCGGUCAUUUGCACGGACACCAAGAUACCCUGCUCUGGACCUGGUCUUGUUGCGAUAGGCUUCUACGACGAACACCCAGAUCCUAGUGGACACAUGGACCCUGAUUGCACCCUAGGCCAAUAUAUCGAGGACCUUUCUAUGAGCAGCACCAGUAUCUGUCACGCUAAUGGCUGUGACCGUCCCAUGUGGCAGCAUCACCGGACAUAUGUCCAUGAAGAUGCCCGGAUUACGGUUUUCAUAGAGAAAGAUACGCCUCUACCGUCAGGGGUAACACUGACAAACAUGGAUGAUGAUAUUUAUAUGUGGAACUAUUGCAAGUCUUGCAAGAAAGACAUAGGGGUCAUGGUCAUGUCCGACAGCUCUUGGAAAUACUCGUUUGGCAAAUAUUUGGAGCUCUCUUUCUGGGGCAAGGGUUUACGUCUACACCCGGGGUCUGGCUGCACCCAUGAUCAUCAGAAUGAGCACAUCCGGUACUUCAAUUUCCGCGGCAACACGAUCCGCAUCCACUGGGAUCCAAUCGACCUACUCGAAAUCAUUGUCCCUCGUGCACGCAUCACAUGGAAGGUAGAACACGACCUCAAACUGAAGAAUGACAUCUUCUUGAAGUGUGAAGAACGCUGGACGCGGUUCAUUAAUUCAGUCAAGACGAGGCUAAAAAGUAUCAGGAUCGACAGCGUCCUCCCUGACAAGUCGGAGCUGUGCAAGAGCGAGGUUGAGAGGCUCACUAAGAAGGCGCAAGAGGACUUGCCAGAGCUCAUUCGAAAGCUCCAAGACGCAUACAUGAACUCAAAAUACUACGAGGUCAUACCCAUGAAUCCUGUAUUCCGCGAGAUGUUGGAACGAGUUCAGGAGUGGGACGCAGCCUUUGCCAAGUUCGAAGCCGACUUCUUGUCGGACAAGGACGUCCGGCAACUCACUAUGAUCCAGCUCAAGAAAAUGUUUGGAGACAAUGAUUCCAAGGAGUCGCUGCCGACCGAUGCUACAUCCAUCAUCUCGGUGAGCUCAGAGGGCGACGAGAAGGCAUCUUUGACUACCACGCAGGCGACAAUACCAGAGGAACUCGACGAAAAGCCCGAGUGUCAACCCACCGAGGUGGUUGCAAACGUGACGACUGUUACGGCUAGCGAUUCUCCGUCACAAACAACGGAAAGCGCUCCUCUCAACGACGAAGGGGCUGCUGAUCAACGCCAGGUCAAUGCACUACUCGGCGCCGUGGAGCCGUUGGAUCUGGCCACUCCACGCUCCCACACACGAAACAGAAGUGAUACAUACUUCCCCGAGGGGAUUGAAGGAGCCAGCCGGGAUACCAAUUCUCCCAACGAUUCAGAGUGCAACACGCCUACCCCUGCAGUCCCAAUUCCAACUGUAGAGUCAAAGGCCGGUGGAGAGGCGCAAACCAAGUCUGCCCAGGGCUCGGCAUCUUCCACGUCAACGAAUUCAGCUCCUCUUCUCGCCGUGAAAGUUGAACAGCUCAGAAAAGACUUUCGCACCCUUUCAGGAGAGACAAGUAAAGUGGUUGCAGCAGCUGCCCAAGCCCAGGCCGAGCAACAGAAGUAUGUUAUGGAGCGCGGGUCAUCUCGUAGGGCGGGACUGACCGUGUCUCCUCCGAUGGUCAGAGCACUGUCGCAAUCAUCUCUCCCGUUCACCCGACUGCCUUCGGGAAUCACAAAGUCACCGGUGCUCCUAGACUCCAAGGCCAACGAGUCCAGCAUAGGAUCAGAGCUGUCCCGCGUGCCAACGGAGGGUUCCACUAAGAGCGAGAAGAAACUCUCGGAGCGCUUGGGGAUUGGUGCUUUAAAGGUGCAUAGGAAGCCUGGCCAGUCGUCCAUCCCUCGCUACGUCCACGGUAAGAAGAAGGACUCUCGCGUGUCAGUUUUAGCCAAGCAUUUCGAGCAGCUUAGUCGCGAAUUCGAGAAGGAGCGGAUGAAAGACCGCAAGCAGCGCGCCGCCAAGAUGCACUACUCGCGUGCCUUUUUGCCACGCACAUCUACCAAGGCCACCGUGGAAGUGUACCAAGAUGUUGACCAGGCUGUGAAGGAGCUCGGGCACGAGGAGGAGCAGGGGAACGAGGGGCACAGAGCAGUUUCACCCACAGUUGUCCCCAAAGAGCAACCCGAAAAGCCGUCAGAAUCGACUGUCAGGGUCCCUGAGCAAGCUACAGAGAGAUCGUCAGAGGAUAACACGCCUGAGACGGGAGCUUCUCAGACCGACGCAGGCUCGGUCCAGGGAGAAUUAGAAGACACCCGGCCUGGCGAAAGUCAGGCGGGCUCGGACGAUGAAGGUUGCAGUGACGCAGAUCAGUCUUCUUUGCUAGACGACAUUUUGAUGCCGGACGAACCAAGCGAUGACAUGCCCAAGAACACAAAGACGAGCCUAAUGAAAAUGCUCACCAACUUUUGGGCGGAGAGAUCUGCUAGUGGGUGGUCACCGCUGGAAUACCCAUUCAAUGCGACGGACCACAUAUUCAUCGACUCGGACGUGGUCGUGCGGGAGGACGAACCCAGCUCGCUGAUUGCCUUCGCUCUCAGCUCAACGGAUUAUCAGGCCAAGCUGGCCGAUAUCCGGCGCUCGUGGAAGACACCUUCGACUCGCAGGCCAGACGCAUCCGAGGAUAUCGACCCUACACUCUCCGACGAUGCGACUGUGGUGAUCGACUCGGACCCAGCUACUGUAAUGUCAGACACUGCCACCGAUAUCUUCACCGACGAGGCAGAGCUCGAGAAGAGCCUGAAACGGUCCACAGGCACACAUCUCAAGUAUCAGUUCACCGAGGGCUCUGCCAAGCUGCUCUGCAAGAUCUUUUACGCCGAGCAGUUUGACGCAUUGCGGCGCAAGUGCAAUGUAGCGGACCGUAUCAUCGAGUCUCUAUCUCGCUGCCUCAAGUGGGACUCGCGUGGUGGAAAGACGAGGUCUGUGUUUCUCAAGACCCUGGAUGAUCGUCUGGUCAUGAAGUCACUGUCGCCAAUCGAGACGCAAGCCUUUCUCAAAUUUGCUCCUUCAUAUUUCAACAUUAUGGCCGAGGCACUCUUCCAUGACCUGCCAUCGGUGAUUGCCAAGAUGUUGGGUUUCUUUCAGAUCAUCAUAAAGAAUCCCAUGACCAAUACUGAAAUCAAGUUGGAUCUCUUGGUCAUGGAAAAUCUCUUCUACGACCGGUCGCCCGAUCGAAUUUUUGAUCUCAAGGGAUCGAUGCGCAACCGGAAAAUACAAUCGACGGGCGAGCAGAACGAGGUGCUGCUUGACGAAAAUAUGGUUGAAUACAUUUAUGAAUCGCCCCUCUUUGCAAGGGAGCACUCCAAGAAGAUCCUGAGUGCGUCUGUCUGGAACGACACGCUUUUCCUGGCGCGGCAAAACGUGAUGGACUACUCCCUCAUGGUUGCAGUGGACGAGGCACGGAAAGAACUGGUGGUGGGCAUCAUCGACUGCAUACGAACUUAUACCUGGGACAAGAAACUCGAAUCAUGGAUCAAGGACCGCGGGUUCGCAGGUGGCGGGCGCAACAGACCGACGGUGACGAGUCCCAAGGAGUAUAAGUCGAGGUUCCGAGAGGCCAUGGCGCGGUAUAUCCUGCAGGCGCCCAACUGCUGGCACCAAUUUGGGAAUAGUGUCAUGAUGUCAGGUCACGGGCAUGGAAGAACGACGAGGUUUGAGGAUGUUGCGGACUAGGAGCCCAUGACUGAGCCAACCACAGCCACUAAGGAGUGCGAGGUUAUCUGUUCCGGAGAGGGUGAUGGGCAACUACAGUGAUAGAGAGAGAGAGAGAGAGAGAGAG